AUGUUGCUAUUCAUCUGCAUCAUCUUGAAAAACCAAUCUGAAAGUCAAACAAUCAAGACAUUCCUUCAAAUGGCACUCCUCUUCGAGCCAAACAGUUUCUACAUCCUCCUUUUGAACCUGGACCACCACUGUCACUUUGAAUGGCAACUAUUUCUUGCCUUGACAACCACGACAGGUCAGCUCUUCCACAGAACCAACGACCCUGGGUCGGUGGGCUGGGAAUACAAAAGCGAGAUGGCCGAUAUGUCAACGAAUGGGAGAUUGGUCAUUGCUCUGCAAAUUGGGGUCAUUGGGCCUGUUUUGAAUGCCGCGUUGGCUACGAGGUUAGGGCUCGUCCCACUCACUGGGUUUUCUGGUCGGUACCGGGAUCUUUGUUCCCAAAUGUGGGUUCAGGCGGCGUUAUUUGCCUUGGAUGACGAAGGGUAUCUGAAUAUUGGAAGGAAUGUGGGAAGUCUUGAACAAGAGGCUAUACCGCUGGCGAUUCUCAACAGGAAUCGUGGGAUUAGAUCAGCUGUUCGGAGCUCAGGGUUCGUUGAGUGA